AUGGGCCGUCCAACUGGGCCACGACACCCGCCAGACAAAAGACACGAAGCAUACGAGUCCAUAUUCGGGAGACCAUCCACCUCGCACCAUCUGCUUCCCCAGCAUGGCCAGUACUACCACCCACCGCACCCGUCUGUCUAUCAUCAGCCAGGGUAUCAGCCAGCAGACAAGCGCACGUCCCACGCAGCCUCGAUUCGCUCGCAGCAGAGCUACUACAGCCAGCCAAGACAGUCUCAACAAUACCAACACCCCUCAUAUCACCAUCAUCACCCGCAGUACCUUCCUCAACACCCCGGCCACGCCCUCGUUCCACCUUCAACGCAUGGCCGGGCCCCAUCCGUCGUCAGCUCCCCCCACAAUGCAGCUGGUAUCAUCGCUCCAAGGCCAGGCGACCCACCCAACCCCGACCUCGAUGCACUCACGAGGGCAGGACUCACCCCUGCACGGGCUUAUCUGCGGGCCAAGGUCAAUAUUCUGCUCUUCCUCCCACAACGGUCCCGCGCAACGGUGCACCCCUCGGAAAAGAGAUCGGUCGCUUGGGUCCCAAUUUCGCCUCUCAGGGCGACCCUCACGACAGCUUAUCGUUUAACGAGCCUCGUAUCAAACUCCCGUAGUCACAACUGA